AAGCGCAUAUUCGAGAGAAACCUGGCGCCCUGGUGGCGGUCUUUAGGGCGGCCAUAUUUUCUCUCGUGGAUUUCAGUCACGAAGGUGGUGGUUCGCUGACAAUUUUUGGGAUGCGCCGUUUGAAGACAUUCUCGUGUGUUUUAUAUUCGUAAAUAAGUGACCAGUGCCAAUCAUGGCUAAAGGGAGUAAUAAUUUGACUGGAAGACGGUCGUCGUCGCAUAAUACAAAGCCUUACGACGCAAACAAUUCUUUUGUAAAAAAAGUGGCAACAAAAGUAACAGAUCUUAUACCACAAAGAUUGUGGAUCAGUAAGUGGUUUAACUCAUCUCAAAAUGAAGAUGUAUUAGAAGAUAACGAAAAUCUUGAAGAGGUUGAAUCAGAAGAAGAUAUACAAAAACCUCCACCUUUAAAACGACCAUGUAUUCGUAUGGAUGUCACUCAUCCACCUGGUACAUUUUCAAUUCAACCAAGGACUAAAUCAACAAUCAACAAAACCAGUGUAGCUAAACAACAAUAUUCAAUUCAUAAUGAAGUGAGUGAAGAUUUUUGUAAACCUGGAAUGGCCGGGCCAAGUGGGAUUAGUCAUUUAGUAUCUUCUACACCUACAAUGCAAUCGAGUAUUAGAAAUGUAGCACCUCAGAGAUCUGAAUUAAAUUCAUUAGUUGCUACUACAAAUAAUGGAACUACAAAUGGUACGGAUGAUAAUUCUGAAUCCAGUGAAAGUACUAGUGGUUGUAGUUCUCUUAUUCCACAAACAAAUAGACAAGAAGCUCCAUCAAAUGUCUCUUAUCACUCACCAUUUUCAAAGAGAAAAAGAUUCAAUGAUGAUAAAUUAAGUUUCACCAAUCAUAUGCAGUCUCCAAGAUCUUUAUUUUUAGAUAAUAACAACCGAGAUACUUUAAGUAGUCGUAGACCGAGCUUUAAUGCAUCAAUCAUGACAAACACGCCGGAUCGUGCAUCUCCCUUGGCAUCUCCUUUUUACAGUGGAAAUAUUACUUUUGGUGGAGCAAAUGCAGCAGGUCUUUAUAAACAAGGUCGUAAUCUGUUUAAUAGUUCAAAUGAGAUUCAACUUAAAGUUCCUAAAAGAACAAGUGUUGAAGUAAAACCAUCUAAUACAGCAGGAAUUGAUUCAUCUGGUAUGAGUCAAACUGCUAAGAAAAUAUUGGAAGCAUUAGAACAUUUUUCGUCGCCAAUAACUGAUGCUAAAAAGAUUCCAUUAAAAAUGAUGAAUAAUGCAUCAUCAAUAAAUAAAAAAAGGACAAGGGAGGAAAUGACAUCAACAACUAAAGUUGGAUUACGUCAUUUAACUCGUGAAUUAACUGUACCAACUGUACCCGAUAUAUUAAAAUUAAGACGGCGGCAAAAAUUACAAGAUACAACAGUUGCAGCUAGAAAAAUUAUUUCAGCUCGAAGCGAACCACCGCCUCCACAAGAAUAUCAUCUCAGGACACAAACUAAUGAAGAUUUAAAACAUCAUGGAAAAACUAAAGGAGCAAAACUUGAACAGGAAGAUACAAUUGAACCUGUCAAUUUACCAAAUAUACCUUUACCAAUAUCUUCUUUACCUAAUUUCAAUUUUAUGCCAUCUACUAAUACAACAAUAGUAGAUGAAGCUAAUACAGAUAAACAAGAUACAUUCACAUUUGCAAGUCCUAUAAAAAUAACAAGUACUACAAAGAAUUUAAAAUCGAUUAAUAACUUUACUUUUAGUAGUCCAAUUAAUGCUGAUAAACAAUCAAUUGAUAAAUCUAACGAUAUAAAUUCAUCUUUAAACAAAAAUGGUAUUAAAUCUAAUAUAUCUUCUAAUGAAUAUAUACCUCCUAUAAUACAAAAUUUUAUUUGGUCUGAUUCGUCUAUAGCUCCUAGACUAAAAGAAAAAAUAAAAAAUAGUGAUGACACUAUUUCUUCAGAUGAAUUAAAAUCAGGAAGUGUUAUGGAUGUUCUUUGUUCUAAAUCUGAAAAAUCAAAUGAAUCAAAAAUGCAAUUAGAUUCAGAUAAAGAGACAAAUAUUAAUAAAAUAAAUACUAUUAGUCCAAAUAUAAAUGAUAAUAUUAUUAAAACUCUAAAUUCGCAGUCUAAUAUGUGGGAAUGUUCUGAAUGUUUAUUCAAGAACAAUGAUUCUGAAACACAUUGUUUUACUUGUAAAGCUAUCAAAUCAAAUCUUAAGGAUAAAAAGAUUUCUGAAAUAUCAACAUCUAGUAAUACCAGUGAAUUAAAAACUACAAUAAAGGAUCAUUUUGGAUUGCAAUUUAAACUUUCAAGUAAUCAGUGGGAAUGUACGUCAUGUUUUCUAAGAAACAAACAAAGUGAUACUAAAUGUAUUGCAUGUAGUGCUCUUAAACCAGAUAUAAAGCAAGAAAUUAAAUUUGUUAAACAUAAAGAAAGAUUUGAAGAAUGUCCUAAAUGUAAAUCAAAAGAUUUUGAAAAAUCAACUACAUGUUCUUGCAAUACAUUUAAAUCAAAUGAAUUAAAAAUUACUCCACAAAAAAAUACGAAUUCUACAGAUAAUACAGAUAUAUCUGCAAAUGAAGAUGGUAAAACCAAUACAUCGACUAAUACAUUCUCAAAUAUAGAUAAAUUAAAAUCAAGUAAAGAUACAUGGGAAUGUCCUUGUUGUAUGGUUAGAAAUCUUAUUUCUAUUGAUUCUUGUCCAUGUUGUAAUACAGCUAAACCAAGUGUUGGAAUUACUACUAAGAAUAUUGUGUCAACAUUUCCAAAUGGAUUUGGAGAUAAAUUUAAAAAACCUGAUGGUGCAUGGAAUUGCAACACUUGUAUGAUACAAAAUGAAGCAAAAAUUACUAUAUGUGUAGCUUGUGGUGAUUCAAAGCCAGGUUCAAAGAAAUCAGAUAAUUCUACUUCUGGAAAUAAUAGUUCCAAUUUACAAUUUAAUUUUGAUAUGCCUGCAAAUAAUACUGGUUUUAAAUUUGGCAUUGAUAAGGCUGGUCAAGAAAAGACUGAUAGUACAAUAUCUUCAAAUGGUUUUAAAUUUGGCGAAAGUCAACAAAAUAGUCAAACUGGUCAAUUUACAUUUGGUAUACAAAAAGAAGAAAAGAAAACAAAUGAAACACAAAAAUCUGAAAAUAAUAUUCUUUCAACUUCAGAAAAUGCUUUUCAAUCUAAUGCAAGUAAUAAUGAGAAGACUGAUAUAAAACAAAAUCCAGAAAAAAUAGAGAAAAACAUAACACCAUUAUUUUCGUUUGGUAUAGCUAAAAGUGAAAGUGGAACAAUAGAAUGUAAUAAACAAUCUGCAAAUAUAACAACUGCAACAAUUCCAUCUACAUUUACAUUUGAUACAUCUAAACCUACAAUGGUACAAUCAGAUAUAAAGGAAGAAAAACAAAUUGAAAAUAUUAUAGUAGAAGUUUCAAAACCAAGUACAGGAACUAUAGAAUCUUCUAAUGCUAUUAAUACAAACACAUUAUCUUCAAUAACUCAAAGUAAUACCCAAGAAACUAAAUCAACUGCUACCUUUUCAUUUGGGGUACCAAGUAAUACAAUUGCAGUUACUAGUAGUACUUCUACAAUUGUAGUAUCAAGUCUUCCAUCUUCUACUCAAUCUUCCUUUACAUUUCUUGAAUCAAAAUCAACUACACAAACAUCAAUUGUACCAACUUUUGGUCAAAUAUCGACAUCAGCUUCUACAGCUUUAUCUAAUACCUUUACAUUUGGAGAUAGUAAAACAAGAGAAGGAUCUUCAAUAACUAAAACUUUUGGAACAUUGCCAAGUGCUCCUUCUGGAAAUACAUUAUUCUCAAAUAUUUCUAAUUCACCAUCAUUAUUUAAUAAUGAUACAAAAACUACACCAACAUUUGGACAAACUUCAACUGAAGAUAAUAAACAAUCUGCAUUUGGUGCUGCAAAUACAAAUAAAUCCUCAACUUUUGCAAUGCCAGAAAAUAAAGUACCAAUAUUUGGAAAUACAGAAAAUAAACCAAUUUUUGGUUCACCUGACACAAAAAUGCCUGUAUUUGGAAAUACAGAUAAUAAAGUAACAUCUUUAUUCAAUCCACCAUUGCAACCAUCAACUGCAACACCAAUACCUUUUGGUGGAGCAUCAGCUACACCAACACUUUUUAGAUCGUCCGUUACUCCUGUUUUUGGUAAUAAUACUACUUCAACAUUUACUACUGAAUCAACACCUAGUAUAUUUGGAUCUACCUCAAAGCCAAAUGAAACUGGCACAUCAAAUUCAAACAUAUUCACAUUUGGCACUAGUCCUCCUCAAGCAGUAGCAAAAUCAGGAACUGGAUUCAAUUUUUCUGCAAAUACUAAUCCUGGUGAAUCGACACAGAAACCAUUAUUUACAUUUGGUAGUCAUACAUCCACUCCACAAAGUAACAAUUUAUUUGGAAAUACAUUCAAUAAUCCUUCAUCAACAAAUUCUUCCGGUUUUACAUUUAAUGCACCUAAACCAGAAGCAACAGCAUUUGCUCAAUCUGCAGCUACAACUCCUACAAUUUUCGGUACACCACAAUCUGGAGUACAAAAUCAAGCAUCAUCUUCGUUUUCAUCUACUCCUUCAAAUACAGGAUUUAAUUUUGGAACUACAACACCUGCUGUUACAUCAUCAGGAGGUUUCAAUUUUGGUGUAGUUGCACCUGCUUCUACACCAUCUGCAGGAUUUAAUUUUAAUCCUCCUAGUAAUACACCUACAUUUGAUCCUAAUACUCCACCAUCAUUUAACUUCACUGGCGGCAAUGCACCUCCAACAUUUAAUGCUACACCUACUCAAACACAAAGGAAAAUUAAAAAAGCUUUUAGAAGGAUGCGGUAGAAGGGCAAGUAACAUACGACCAUAGUUCAGAACACACUCGGAUGCACUUUUUUUAUAUCUAUUUCAUGCAACUGCGUGUGUAAAUAUGUUUUUGAAUAUAUGAUAAAGUUAUAGUAUGAUACAAUGAAAAUAUCAUAUACCGACCGGUCACAUCAAUGUGGUGGUAUACCAAGCAUUUUAUGUAAUAUAUUAAUUUGUCAAUAGGAUAUGCUUGCGUACAACCACUUGUGUUCUACAGGAUCUGUAAAUUAUAAAUUAUUUAAAUUAUACAAUAAUAACAAAUGA